UUUUUUUUCUUUUUUUUUAACCCCCAGCGCAGUAAAGUAACUUUCUCACGGGGCGGUAACAAUCCACACACUCACGAUCGACCAUCAAUCAUGACGGCGGGUGAAGACCCCACGGGCAGAACCUCACCACCGCCCCAGCCCGCGGCGACCGACGACAUCCAUCCCUCCACUACGUCGUCCUCCUCCACCACUCCGAUCACCGCUGCCUUCCACCACCAUCCAGCCCGCACCCCCUUCCCAGAUUGUCAACCAGUCCGUCACGAGGGAGGCUUUGUGCAGCCUUCUUCCUACCUACGGCCCCGAGGUCUUUCGCUUCCAAUGGCCCCAGUCCAGCCCGAGAGGGCGAUCGAUCGGGAAGAACGUCAGGGUCUAUCUGCCAUUCGCAACUUUCUCAAAGUUCGUACCAGUUACGAUGUCCUUCCGCUUAGUUUCCGCCUGAUCAUAUUCGACACGUCCUUGUCCGUCAAAGAGAGUCUGAAUAUCUUGAUCCAGAAUGGCAUUGUUUCCGCUCCGUUAUGGGAUUCCAAAUCCUCCACCUUCGCGGGUCUACUGACCACGUCCGAUUACAUCAAUGUCAUCCAAUACUACUUCCAAAAUCCUGCGGCCCUGGACAGAAUCGAUCAGUUUCGGCUAGAUAGCCUCCGAGACGUGGAAAAGGCACUGGGCGUCGCACCGCCUGAAACCAUCUCCAUCGACCCUGAGCGACCCCUUUAUGAAGCCUGCCGGCGCAUGCUCCAGUCUCGAGCCCGAAGAAUUCCUCUCGUAACGAAUGAUAGCCAGACGGACCGAUCCCACGUUCUUAGCGUCGUCACUCAGUAUCGCAUUCUGAAGUUUGUGGCUGUCAAUGUUAGCGAAACGCAAAAGUUGAAGAAGCCAUUGGGAGAGCUGCGACUUGGUUCCUUCCAAAAUGUGGCUACCGCGUCGAUGGAUACCCCUGUUAUCGAUGUGAUUCAUAUUCUCGUGGAGCGAAGCAUAUCGAGCGUUCCUAUCCUUAACUCAGAAGGUGUCGUCUACAAUGUAUUCGAAGCAGUUGAUGUGAUCACAUUGAUUAAAGGGGGUGUCUACGGCGACCUAAGUUUGACCGUCGGUGAGGCAUUGAAGAAGCGGCCUCAGGACUUCCCUGGAAUCUACACCUGCUCUCUCAAUGAUGGUCUGGAUACUAUCUUCGACACCAUUCGCAAAUCCCGCGUGCACCGGUUGGUCGUGGUGGAUGACAACUUCCGACUAAAAGGAGUGCUCACCCUGAGUGAUAUCCUACAGUACAUACUACUAGAAGGCGAAAACGACGAAUUCUCUUGAUCAAGCCUGAUGUGCGCGUUGGAUGCGCCCUUCGUACACUCAACAUAGCAUGGGACUGGCGUUUAUCUGGGUUUCCGUUCAAGCAUCGGGUUUGGCUGCUCAAUUGCUUUUUGUUUCUUGCACAACCGGGCCUUACGUACCAUGGUAUGACGGCUUUUUCCAUUCUACUUCUUCAUGAAUACGUGACGUGAAAGAAAAGGAGGUGAUGUAUGAUUGAUGUUCAUUCUUGGGUCGGUCGGCUUUCUGGCCACUUCGCAUUUUGCCAACGACCAACCUACUAGCAUUGGCGCUUACUUGGCUUUAAAUCAAUAGAUUUCCUUUUUCU